CAUUGUCACCAUCAGAGAAUGUCCCUUUCUCUCUGACUAUAUUUUUUCAAUAUAUACACAGCCGGCAGAGACGUGUACUGUAUGCUGAGGGAAAGCCGAGGGAAAUAUAUAUUUAUGCGGGGGUACUCUCUCACCAGAAGAGGGCAUUCCGAUUCUGCCUGAAAAAGUUGCCGUGAUACACGCGGAAGUGUUAACUACUCAAACGCUUGCACUUAUGUUCUAUUUGGUUUCAGCGACGAGGAGAGAUAAUAGAGGUGAAAGGGGGAAUGUUCAUCCUGAAUGAUUUUGGUUUGUUUACCGAGUUAAACUACCGUUAGCAGACCCUUUGAAUUUUCCUCUGAUCAGGUAAAGCUUCUUUAGGUGUGAAUACCCUGUCAGUCAUCGCAAGAUUUAUAUGUCGCUUUUCACUGGGGAGAUCUUCUGGUGUUCACAAAGCCUCUUGGGCAAAUCGUUGUUUGCGCUUUAUGAGAUAAUGGAUGGAUAGAGAGUGACGAGAAAGUAUCAACUGGAAUCUUUCAACUGUCAUGCUUAUUUUUGGAUUGUGACUUGGAUGUGGCAUUGUUUACUCUCUGUGGCGCUGUUGAUAUUGGACCCAACAAUUUUACGCGGGAAUUAUGUGCACGGAUAUGAUAGAAAACUAGAUCGGGAUUUUCGUCUGUCGUUGGGAAUAGCGAGAUAUGUUCCAUGGUGAAUCUAAGGGAUUGACACUCGGAUACCCCUCUGACUCGCUUAAAUUCCGGGGUCAGCGACGGGCAGGUGCGUGUUGGAAUCGGCGGCUGCGCGCAGUGACUGGGGUCGUGGAUUAGAACCACACCGUUUGAGGAGAGCGCGUGUCAUGCGGACUCGGGUGUCGCACGCUGGAAGGCUUUAAAACCUGUGGCCAGGAGCUGACAGAUAAGCGGAUAUGGGCUCUGCUAUGCGGCGCCGCUGGCUGAUGGUACCGCUGCUCAUGCAGGUGUGGCUGGCUGCAUCUCCGUCCCUCAGCGAGCGCCCAUGCCCCAAAAGCUGUCGCUGCGAUGGGAAAAUCGUCUACUGUGAGUCAAGCGCCUUUCGUGAUGUCCCCAAGAACCUCUCAGGGGGCUGCCAAGGCCUGUCCUUACGUUACAACAGUCUGGCCAGUCUCAGAGCCGGACAGUUUGUGGGCCUCAACCAGCUCAUCUGGCUCUACUUGGACCACAACUACAUUGCCUCUGUGGACGUACUGGCUUUCCAAGGCGUUCGGAGGCUCAAGGAGCUGAUUCUGAGUUCCAACAAGAUCACAAUGCUCCACAACACCACUUUCCACCCUAUACCCAACCUCCGCAAUCUGGAUCUGUCUUACAACAAACUGGCGGCCCUGCAGCCGGGCCAGUUCCAGGGCCUCCGCAAGCUCCUCAGCCUGCACAUGCGCUCCAACUCCUUGAAGAGCAUCCCUGUGCGUCUGUUCCAGGACUGCAGAAACCUGGAGUUCCUGGACCUGGGCUACAACCGCCUGCGCAGCAUCACCCGCAAUGCCUUUUCAGGCCUGCUGAAGCUGACCGAGCUGCACCUGGAGCACAACCAGUUCUCCAAGAUCAACUUCUCCCACUUCCCACGCCUCUACAACCUGCGGGCGCUGUACCUGCAGUGGAACCGCAUCCGCUCCAUGAGCCAGGGACUCACCUGGACCUGGACCUCCCUGCAGAAGCUGGACCUGUCUGGCAAUGAUCUGCAAGAGGUGGAUGCUACGGUCUACCAAUGCCUGCCCAACCUUCAAACACUCAAUCUGGAUUCCAACAAACUGACCAACGUGUCCCAGGAGACCGUGUCGGCCUGGAUCUCCCUGACCACCAUCAGCCUGGCGGGGAAUGUGUGGGACUGUGGCCCUGUGAUCUGCCCCCUGGUGGUCUGGCUGAGGAACUUCAAGGGGAACAAGGAGACCACCAUGAUCUGCGCCGCCCCCAAGGAGGCCCAAGGUGAGAAGGUCAUGGAUGCCAUAGACACCCACGGUGUGUGUCGAGCUACCGCCAUCACACCCCUCACAGCCAGCACCCAGCCCACCCCCUCUAAAGGCCCAGACCAGACAGAACGCCACCCAGCCUACCCCAUGCCCCACACCGGAGCUGGGAAGAGGGGAGAGGAAUCCAGAGGUGGCCCUACAUCUUCAGCUGUCACCCCACCCAUGGAACCACCACCUGAGCAUGAGUUUGAGCCUGUGUCCUUUCACAAGAUUGUGGCGGGGAGCGUUGCCCUGUUUUUGUCUGUGGCGAUGAUCCUGUUGGUGAUCUACGUGUCGUGGAAGCGCUAUCCCAGCAGUGUCAAGCAGCUGCAGGAGCACUCUGCCGCGGCUCGCAAACGGCGGAAAAAAGCUAGAGAGACAGAGCACACGCUGAGCUCCCCACUGCAGGAGUAUUAUGUGGACUACAAGCCCACCAAUUCGGAGGCCAUGGACGUGCUUGUCAACGGGACUGGCUCCUGCACCUGCACCAUCUCAGGCUCCAGGGAAUGCGAGGCCGGUGGUGGCUGGUCCGCUCCAGCAGUCUGAGGUGCGGGAGGUCCCUCCGCCCCCUCUUGACAUCGAGGGGGUCCCGGCGUAUACCGUAAGGGCCAUCAUGGAUUCUAGACGUCGGGCAAGGGGCCUUCAGUACCUCGUGGAGUGGGAGGGGUACGGUCCGGAGGAGAGAUGCUGGGUACCGGUGGAGGACAUUCUAGAUCCAUCCAUGUUACAAGAGUUUCACCGUCUCCACCCGGAUCGCCCUGCACCUCGCCCUCCGGGUAGUCCCCGAGGCCGGUGUCGUCGCGCUGCUGGAGCCGCGCGUCAGGGGAGGGGUACUGUCACGACUUCCGCCGAAGUCGGCCCUUCUCCUUGUUCGGGUGGUGUUCGGCGGUCGACGUCACCGGCUUUCUAGUCGCCAUCGAUCCACUUUUCAGUUUAGUUUUGUUUUAUCUGUAUUAUACACACCUGUUUUCAAUUCCCCCAUCAUGUUCCCUAUUUAACCCUCUGGCUUUCAUUUCUGUUUUGUCCGUGAUUGUUGGUUACGUUAGUGGUUGUUGUUAUUCCUUGUUUUUCCCUUUGUGGAUUUUUGCUGUGAUUUUGAGUAAACGUUUUGUGUUUCGCUCAUCACCUGUGUCCUGCAUUUGACUCUGCUACUUCGCUGCACACAACCCUGACAUUAAGUACUAUACCGACUCUGUUUAUCAUAUACUGCAGUUUAGGUACAAUGGGAAAGUAAUUCUGCUUUGAAAGUUGAUAAACUUGUUAUCCCACUUUUGAGAAAAUGGCCUGUUUUGGUACACCUUCUGGGGAGCUCUUUUUUGUCCACACCCAUUCAGCGUCGUUCACACCCUCUUAAGCCUCAGCCCCACCCAUCUUUUUAAGGAUUCACAGAGUAGUAACAAAACUAAGAUUUCAAGACUAAAUGUGGUGAAAGUAGUAGCAAAAAGUAGUAGUAAAAAUAUGCUUAAUCUAGUCCUUGGCCUAUAUUCUAAUCUGAUUUUGUUGCAGGUCAUGCUGUUCUUCACAUUCCGUUUCUAGCAAACACACCCUAUAUCAAAUAAAUCAACGUUUAUUUGUCACAUGCACAGGAUACAGAAGGUGUAAACGGUCACAUUCUUUUGUUUAGACAUGUAGCUAGCAAGCUAAACAAUGAACCAUAAUCCCAACUCUAAUGCGAUGUUCAAAAUCUCAGACUUCCGAGCAUUCAAAACAACUGGGGAAAAAACGAACUCUGACUGGGAAAAAUCUAUUUGAACGGUCAUCCAACUUAGAAUUCCAACUCAGGCAUCUUUCUAGAGCUCCGACUUUCUCACAUGAAGAUCACUGAUGUCAUGAUUUGACCUUCUAUUUUUCCGACUUAUCAGUUGUUUUGAAAGCGGCAAUACAACCAUGCAUGAAUCUGUAGGUAGCCAAUGCAAACCAACUAGGUUCAAUGUUAGAUAGCUAGCUAAUAUUAGGCUAUAACCAGCAUUGCAAAUACCUUUCUGAGAUACAAUAAAAGUAUUACACAGAUCAUACACGUAAUGUUAGCUAGCUAGCCAGCCAGCUAACAUUAGCUACCUUGCUAAAAGUCUGCUUUAACUUGCAAUGAAAACGUAUUUCGGCCAAAAUUAGAAAUGUAUAAUAUCUGAAAAUGUAGCUACUCUUACCCGUAUACAUGAAUUAAUGUUUCUCCCGCUCUGUCAUGGAUGCCAUGGUUGCCCUUAGUUUGAAGAUGUAAACCGGCGACAGGUGCGUUAAACAACAGCCUUCUUUCUAAGUUCUAUUUUUGGACUCUCUCCGCAUUUGGCAAUCAUCUCUUUUCAUCCACUGUGCAUUCCAGUGAUUUCAAAACCCUGUCAACUUCUUUCCGUGACAACGACACCGUUUCUUCCCCACCAUUGUCAUCAGAAGACUCUACAGUGUCUAGUUCAAUGAAUAUGUUUUUACCUAAAUCAGGGAUGUCCUCAUUGUCUGAUUCAUUUUCAGAGUCAGAGAGAGUCAGCAUGGCACAAUCAUCCUCUAGAAAGCAGUCCAUCACAACGUUUUCCCACUGAGCUUUGUCGAUAGCGCUAUAAACUUCAGGGCAGCAAUACUGAGAGCAGUAGCAAACCUUUUUCAGUUCUUCAUGAUAUAUUUAAAAAAAAGCUGUGUUAGACAGGAUUAUCCACACAUUCUGAGUAGCUCAUGUUAUAGACAGAAGCAUGCUACAGUACAUGACAGACCAAUCCAAACUCAUCUCUUGGCAUGUCCAGCUCAUCCAUUACCUCAGCCACUCAUGGCUAGCGGGAAGGUUCCUGUAUUUUUCCAUGGCGAAACCAACUAGGCUCGUAAUUUAACAGUUUUAUUCGUAUUGACAGAUGGCAUACACAUUUGUUAUUAAGGCACAUGAAAGUUCACAUGUUCCAGAAGGCAUUUCUGCCCCCCCAAAAUAUAUAUAUACAUUUAAAUGCCUCUCCUGUGAGGUAGUGACGUGCAAUAUAAGCCUAGUUUCUUGAAACGGUUCACAAAUAUUCUGAGAAGGAUUAUCGCCACAGCAAAAAAGGUGGAUGAGAUCUUUAAGGUCAGGGCCCUCAGCAAGGCUCACAAAAUCCUUUUAGACGCAAGCCACCCCAUGUACCUGGCCUUUGAUCUAUUCCCCUCUGGGUGCAAGUGUGAGAUCACUCCUAAACAGCUCAGGGUAAUGUUUCUAUCCUACCACUAAUGUCAGGCUGGUGGGUGUAGCUGGUGUAGAAAGUCAGGCACAGGAGAGCAGAGAUGAGUGAAACAACGCACUUUACUCGACAGCACAAAGUAAACAAUUUACAAAGUGCGAAAAGAACGGUUGCCACAAAACAUGGGUGAUAAACAGCACCCGGUACAAACCAGCCGGAACAUUCCGACCUGAACAAAUAACAAUCUCAAAUACAUGACCAGUAAUUGGGAAAUGAAAACCAGGUGUGUGGAAAAAUGAGACAAAACAAAGGGAAAAUGACAAAUGGAUCGGCGCUGGCUGGAAGACCGGUGACGUCGACCGCCGGACACCACCCAAACAAGGAGAGGCAUCAACUUCGGCCGAAGUCGUGACAACUAAGGCCAGCAGGCUGGUCUUCUUUCAUCGGUAUAUACAGUAUGUAACUGAUAUCAAUUUUGCGUUGUCAAUUUGUUGUCUACUGUAUUUAAAUGUCACUUUAAACAUUCACAUAAUACCACAGAGAAAGUCGUAAUAAAGUUAAAGUUUCCAAUCUACAGUAAGACUAGAGGAUCCUUAUAUUUAAUUGCAUUCAGUAAGUCCAACUCUCCUGGAGAGUAUAGAUACUGGCUUACCUGUGCAACUAUAUGAACAAGGAGUGUGAGUCUCUAUGUCAUGCUGUUUAGGAGUAUAAUGUAGGCGUAAAAUGGAAAAGUAAUGGUUCCACUUAGAUAUGUACUCCUUAACACUCCCAACAUGCAGUCUGUUUUCUAGAUUAAACUCCAGAUGUUUGAGCGUCGUAAAAAACACUGAUAAAUCUUCUAAACUUCAGCAACAACCGAGGAGGCUAGCAUGAGAGCACAGUCAAAUUGCACUUUGUAAUGGCAACCCACGAUUUUGCUAUCUUAAUGAGCCCCAUUGAUUAUUACCCUUCCCCUCUCUCCUCCAUCUAAUUCCAAUGCCGCUCACUUUCAGCUCCUAUCGAAGGCAGCUAUAUUUCAAACUGCAUUGCUUCCCAGUGCUAAUGCAUUUAGUAUCAAUGGCUAAUUAGAACUGUGAGAUGGCUUUGGCAAAACAUCUGUUCCACUCUAAACAGGCAGGGUUGUCUUGAAGCGUUAAGUGUCAUUAAGUACUGAUCAAACGAUGCUGGCCGGUGAAUGGCGGUAAACGCCACUGACUGCUGAGGAGUGCGUGCCCUGAAUGGUAAUACAUCCACAAAGAACACACACACCAUCCCAUUACCCACUAUCCACUAGCCGAAUCCAAUGACCUCCUGUCUUUUCAUCUUUUCCUUUUUAGACUUCAUCCGGUCUCCAAGUAUCAAAUUCAACUGGCUGUUGCAUUUAUCGUUUAAUCAUUUAUUUUAUGGCGCAAAGUAAGCCAAUUUAAGAUAAUUCAUGUUGUAUUUGUCCUCUUGUGCAUGAUGCAGGCGUAUACAGACUGGUUUCAUAGACUAGUAAAUGUAACAUAGUAAAUGUAAAUCUGGGACACUCAAAUUAGUAUAAUAUGAUACGUUUGGUAUGGUUAUUUAAGGCAAAAACAAAAGUAGGAUGUUUGGCCAGAGUGGAUGAGUGGGCCUAUAACACGAAUGUCUAGCCACCCAAAGGUUGCGUGUUCAAAUCUCAUCAUGGAGAACAUUUUAGCUAAUUAGAAACUUUUCAACUACUUACACAUUUUUUGCAACUACUCGGCAUGUUAGCUAACCCUUCCCAUAACCCUAAUCCUAGAUGUAUCCCCUUUAGCUAACCCUUCCCCUAACCCUUUUAGCUAACCCUUCCCCUAACACUAAACGUAACCCUUUAACCUACCUCCUAAACUUAAACCUUAACCCUAAGCCCUAAUCUUUAGCCUAGCUAACGUUAGCCACCUAGCCACCUAGCUAGAAUUUGUAACAUAUCAUAAGCUUAGCAAAUUCUUAAUAUAUUGUAUGUUUUACAAAUUUGUAACAUAUAAUAUUAAGUGUAAUUCAUAAUGUAUCAUACGAAAUGGGUGAUGGACAUCCACAAAUUAAAACAUACGACACAAAAUGUAACAUAUUCAUAUUAAAUGGAGUGUCUUAGAUUUAUGUACCGAAUAAUACAAAAUUCUCUGAGACCAGGUGAGCGUAUAAAAUUACAGGCACUACCCAGUCAACAACGAAUGUUCCCCUUAAGAGUCUCAUUUGGUCAUUAGCUAACGUUUUCAUAGGAAUGUUUCAGUGAAGUGCAAGGACGGUUUCCAAGAGAUAAUUCCCUUAAUGUCAAACAGAACUUACCUAGAACAUGGUUACCAUGUUCUCAGAAUAUUCAAGAUUAAUGUUCUAGACACGUUUCAUGGGAAUGUUGAAGAGCGUUUUUGUUCUGAGAACAUGGCAACCAUGUUCUGUGUAAAUUUGGUGGGACAUUGAUGGAAUAUUCUCCUAACCAUCAGAAAACCGGACACAAGAAUGUUCAUGCAACGAACAUGAAAGGUUGUGACUGGUUGUUAUGAUGGUAUGUAGCAUCAGGUUAUUGCAUCAUUAUGCAGGUUAUGGGCAUACCUGAUUGACUAAGCUAACUUAAUUUUGUCGUCUUCGUUUUCAUGACAAGCAGUUAAGAUGAUGGCUUUAAUGUCUAUGGUUGACUCUCUCCGGCAGGAUGAAAACGACAUCAUCUACCAUGAUCCUUUACGGCCCUUUUCACCAUGAUGCUUAGUGAUUUUUUUGUGCCAUUCAGCCCCAUUAAGCAAUAUGGUGCACAUCAAAUUCUAUUUCUUCCAGCUUCAUGCGCCAUCAGGAGUUUGCAUUAGGAAUAUGUAGAUGACGUCAGCGCUAUCACUAUCUAACGUUACUGGUUUUAAUGUCUAUGCAUGAAACGUGUCGAGAACAUUAAUAUCUUAUAUUCUGAGAACAUGGCAAGUUUAAAUAAUGUUCUCCUAACCUUUAGAAAACUGGACACGAACGUUCCCAUGUAACAUGUAUAGAAAAUUAAUAUUGUAUAUUCUGAGAAAAAGGUAACCACGUUCUGGGUUUGUUCAAGCAUUUCGCUACGACAAGCAUUUCGCUACACUCGCGUUAACAUCUGAUUACCAUGUGUAUGUGACAAAUACAAUUUGAUUUGAUUUGAUUUGGGUUCUGUUUGACAUAAAGGGAUGUUCUCCUAACUCUUUAAUGCAAAAACAUGCUAAAAAGGUUCUCAGAAGGUUUUUGCUAAACGUAGAUAGAAUGUUCCCCUAACUGAUGGAAAACUGGAUACUCAAACACUAGGGGAACAUUACAAGUAACAUUACAAAAAAGUUCUCUCCCCCUAGAAAUGUUAGCUGGGUACAGAACACUAUAUAUCUGUUUAUCUCAAUUACCAUGAAUAGAGAAACUCAGUCAAGUUUUGUUAGCUUUGUAAGUACAUACUGUAUCUGCAGAUGCAGCAGCACUAGCUUUCGAAACGUUUCUCCUUGUUAUCUAGGGUAACCAUUUACAUACAGACAAAAAUAAGGGAAAGAAAAGAAAGAGCGAUAAAUGAAAAGUAUUACUUUUAAAGUCAGAAAAGGGAAGCAGGAGAGCCCUGAGAGGGAGGGUUGUUGAGAGAGACUGACAGCACGUUCCUUAACUAGCCCAGAGAGGGCAAACACAGAGAUCUGACUCACCUUAAUGUAGCAUUCGUUAGCCUCAUAGAGAACACUUCUACUUUGUAGAGCUCUUGAUAAUCUGCUCCAGAGGCCUGGUAAUGACAGGAAUCAAAGGAAAUUAGGGAAGUAGUCAUAGGUCUUGAGGUUGACAAAUUGUCCAUGCCAGCAGCCUCUACAGGGUUAAAUGAUAUGAUGGAUGAAGGAGGACAUUAGUCAAGGCUGUGGCCACUAAAAUACAGUAGGCUAGAUAGACAGUACACAGCACAUUUCUGGACAGCAUGACUGUGCCUUUUGACUGUGAAAGUGUCAAGUCACAAGUGUAUGCCUACAGGAAUUGCUCUUGUGAACAUGUUGAAUACAUCAAAAAUAUUUAUAUCUGAAGAAUCGUGAGGCUUUCUGUUGAAUAAUGGUCUCUGUGCGUAGGGGAGCCUUAGUUCAAAGGCCUCUGAUUUCUCUCUGCUUUCAGAGAGAGCAAAAGGUGCAUAGAGAAACAAAAUCAAUAUUGAUACAUUCGAUUAUCCAUUCAGAUACUAUAACGUUUCCUCUAAAGAGUGCCUGGAGACUAGCUUGAUGCCCUUUGUUUGAUAAUAAAAACUAAAGAGAGAAUGUUGUCAAGAUAUAUGGAGUCCAUGUCAAGUUUACUGGACUUACAAUGGACCUUUAUUAAAAGUUAAUGGGUUGGCUUGGCCAGGCACAUCUCUGAGGUUCCUGUUUCAAACCAUUCUCUAUUUUUCACUCUAGACAUUUUGUUUUUUCCUCCUUCCCUUUACCCUCUGUCCUCUUUCUGGCUCCCCAUUCCUUUCCUUUACCUAUUCCUAUUCUAUUUUUGUUUGUCGUUCAUCCCCACAUCUAGUCUAAGAGGGAGUCUCGUCAGUUAUAUUGAGUAAAGCAUUGGUGUGCAUUGCUGAACUAAUAGCUUUUAAGAUGUCAAAAAUGAAAUGUAGUGAAAGAAAAAAAAUCCUUGGCCUCUGUGGGUUUUCAACCGGAAUUGGUUUCUGUAGAAUACUGGAUGACUGACAUUUACGGCACUAUGACUAU